CAAAGAGAACACCUUUUUUCCAUGACGGUUGUUCUUAUCUACUUUACUUCUUUUCUUUUCUUCAUCCUAUAAAUUCUUCAUUUCGGUGAUUUUUCUCAAGUACUCAUCAUUCUGAAAUUGACUACUAGAUUACAAACACAAAUUCAAGUUCUUGAACUUCUUGUGGGAGCUUUACAAAUCCAAUAAUGACAACCAUCUGCUGCCCUCAUAGAGAAGCAGAUAAAACUGCCAUUGAAAAGGAUACCAACAAGGGAAUCACCAAAAUUUAUCCAAGAGGAUUUAACAUCACAUGGGGCAAUGAUGAUCGCUACUGGAAUAUCACUAACCCCAAUGAGCCAGGAAGUUUGUACAUGGCAGAGCUGAAGCAAGUUUCAUGGCUUGAGGUGACAUGUUCAACUGAUAAUGUAGAUCGUGGGAGUAAGUAUAGAGUGGGUUUCAAUGUCACAAUGAGAUCAGAUGCAUUUGGGUGGGAUGAGAUUGAUGUUUAUGUAAUGGCUAAGGUUGGGAGGAAAGGGAAGUUCAUGUCCAUGAAAGUUUCUCUUGGAGACUUAAAACCAAAUAAAACACCUAUCACCAUCCCAAAGGAUCCUUUAGUAAUCUCAGUUGAUCCUUCAACACCCAUAGAGUGCAAGACCAUCCAUCUUGGUUUGUAUGAAGUUUGGAGUUCAAAGUGGAAGGGGGGAUUGCAGAUCCAUGAUGCAUUUAUUCAGAAGGUUGCCUAAUUAAACUUUGAGCCAUAAACCUUUUAGAGAUGUUAGAUUUAAUUUAUUUUUAUUCUUUUUUUUACAUAUACAGGUAUAGUUUUGAAGCUUUUAAUAUGUUAUGAGUUGAUGUUUUUAAAAGUAAAAGGAUGUAUUGGCUAUUAUCAAUUCUGAGAUACUGAUUUUUUAAUUAUUUAAUUGAAAAAUAUUUUGAUUGUUUGGA